UUUUUGGUGAAAUGGUUACAUCCUAUAUAGUCCGUUCAAUAAUUUUGCUUUAUAAAGCUCUACCAAUUUUAUGCAUUUUUACUCAGGUGAGAAAAGGGACAAAUGCUGUGGUUUGUCUGAGUCACAAGAAGGGAAAUGGCUUCCUCUCAGAUCCGCCUCAAAAUCCUCCCCAGUGUCCGCUGCCUGGCUGACAAAGUGGUCCAAGUGAAAGUGGAGGGUCUUGCUCCCCACAAAGCAGUACAGUUAAGGUCCAGGCUGGUUGAUGACAAAGGGGUACUCUUCAAAGCUUCUGCCCUCUACAAAGCCGAUGAAAGGGGCUUGGUAGACGUGAGUAGCGACCCCUCUCUGGGUGGGAGCUACACCGGAGUGGAGCCCAUGGGUUUACUGUGGGCCAUGGCGCCAGAAACUCCACACAAAAAAGUUGUGAAGAAGAACGUGCUGAGCCCGACCCUGAUUGAGAUAGCGGCGCACAACGGCGACACUGGAGAACUCCUAGCUUGUGAAACCAACGAGCGAGGAUACAUGGUGGAGGGCAUGAAGAGAAUCCCUGUGGAAGAGGGAAGAGUGCGAGGAGUCCUGUUUAUCCCUCCAGGAAAGGGUCCAUUCCCUGGAAUCGUGGAUUUAUAUAUUUUAGGCGGAGGUCUGAAUGAGCAGAGAGCCAGCCUCUUAGCAAGCAAAGGUUUUGUUGUGCUGGCGCUGGCUUAUUAUGGUUAUCAGGAUCUGCCCAAGAAACCCAAGAAUCUGGAUUUGGAAUAUUUUGAAGAGGCUGCAGUGUAUUUACAGAAUCACCCUGAGGUAAAAGGUCCCGGCAUAGGUGUCAUAUCAAUGUCUCAUAGCGGUGCACUGGCUUUGUCCAUGGCAUCUUUUUUCUCCGGCAUCACGGCGACGGUCUGCAUUAACGGCUGCAAUGGAAAUACUGUAAUUCCAUUACAUUACAAAGACAUUGUCAUACCGCCACUUCGACCCGUCCUCUGGAAAGUUCGAAUGAGCAAAUCAUGGAUUGUUGACAUACGUAACGUCACACCAGAUGCGACCCUGAAGAAAAAUAGACCGUCUUUGAUUCCAAUAGAGCGUGCCAACUGCCACUUCCUGUUUGCCGUUUCGGAAGACGACCACAACUGGAACAGCGCGCUUUUCGCCAAGCAGGCCGUGGGGAUUUUGAGAAGUCACGGCAAGGAAUCGUUCCAAGUGGUUUCCUAUCCGGAAGCUGGACACUUUUUGGAAGUCCCUCACACGCCUUUUUGCCCGUCUUCCUUCCACGCAGCGGCAGGACGCGCCGUGGUGUUCGGUGGGGAGCUAAAAGCCCACUCAGAGGCUCAGCUGGACCUGUGGGAGCGAGUCCAGGUGUUUUUUAAGAAACACUUGAACACCAGUACCUAUUUAUAAGUGUGUCAGGCGUCCGCAUUUACAUGUCGAAACAUUAGAAACACCCGUGGUGGUUCAUUUGUGUCUUUAUUCCGAAAUUUUUUUUUAUGCUAAAUUCAUGUUGAAAAAUGUUUGCCUUUGAAUUUUGUCCAAUGAAGUUUGAAAUUAUUAUUAGGAAUAUUUGUGUGUAAAAAUACAGUGUUUUAAAAUUCACUAGGUAAAAUUUCAGUGGGAAAAAAAAAGAGCAACAAAUAUUUCUGCACUGAAUUUUUUUUUUUUUUUUUAUUAAUUUUUACACAUCGAUCCAUACAUCCAUUUUCUACCGCUUAUUCCCUUUCGGGGUCGCGAGGGGCGCUGGCGCCUAUCUCAGCUACAAUCGGGCGGAAGGCAGGGUACACCCUGGACAAGUCGCCACCUCAUCGCAGGGCCAACACAGAUAGACAGACAACAUUCACACUCACAUUCACACACUAGGGCCAAUUUAGUGUUGCCAAUCAACCUAUCCCCAGGUGCAUGUCUUUGGAAGUGGGAGGAAGCCGGAGUACCCGGAGGGAACCCACGCAUUCACGGGGAGAACAUGCAAACUCCACACAGAAAGAUCCCGAGCCUGGAUUUGAACCCAGGACUGCGGGACCUUCGUAUUGUGAGGCAGACGCACUAACCCCUCUGCCACCGUGAAGCCCAUUCACACAGUAAUAGGCAAAAUAAAAAUAAAAGCUGAGGUCCACAAUAAU